CGCCACAAAAGCGCACCUCUCGCCCCUCCCAAACCAUAUUCAAGCACCAGAAAAACCACACACUCCGCCAAAAUGUUGAUCAAGGUCCGAACACUCACCGGAAAGGAGAUCGAGCUGGAUAUCGAGCCGGACUACAAGGUCUCCCGGAUAAAGGAGCGCGUCGAAGAAAAGGAGGGUAUCCCACCCGUCCAGCAGCGUCUUAUCUUCGGUGGCAAGCAGAUGGCGGAUGACAAGACGGCCUCAGAAUAUAACCUCGAGGGUGGCGCCACACUUCAUCUCGUGCUCGCGCUGCGUGGAGGAUGCGAUGCGAUGUAAACCGUUAUGCCCUUUUAGAUACCACAUUUCCAUUCCAGCAAUACGAUCGAGUUGAGAACUACCCCGGCAGUGAGCACUUGCAUUUGAGAUAUGGCUUACACCUGACGUGUUGCAUACUUUGUGGGUUGGAUGCAUACAGGCGUCACUAAUC